AUGAAGUGUCUGAUCAUUUUCGCGCUUUUCUUUGCGGUCGCUUCGGCCUAUAGCGUAGCCAAUCCAGUUUUGGCUGAUACAGAUGGACCCAAUGGGCGUAUUACCGGCGGCGAAAAGGCAGCAGAGCGUCAAUUUCCCUAUCAGGUUGGACUUUCGUUGAGGAAGGACAGUUCUACCGCUUUAUGGUGUGGUGGAUCCUUGAUCUCGACUAUGUGGGUUUUGACCGCUGCUCACUGCACCGAUGGCAUUCCAGAAAUCCUUGUAUACCUAGGCGCAACUGUACGUCUUUCCCCAUAUAUCAGGUAUAGCGUAACCCAAGAUAAUGUCAUCAUUCACGAGGGUUGGGACUCCAAGGCAGUGGUUAAUGAUAUCGCUCUCAUUCGAAUCCCGUUCACGUCUUUCACUGGCAGAAUUAAUAGAGUGAGAAUACCAUCGCUGACCGGUACACAGUCAUUGUAUACGGGUGAAAGUGCUAUUGCUUCUGGCUGGGGUUUCACCUCCGAUUCUAGUAGCACUGUUUCCAAUGAUCUGAUGUACACCAUUUUGGAAGUGAUUUCUAAUGAAGAUUGCGCCAAGAGCUAUGGUAGUUCAGUUACCUCAACAAAUAUUUGCGUUGCAACACCAAAUGGCUCUUCUACCUGUGAGGGUGAUUCUGGUGGUCCAUUGGUUUUGGAAUCAUCCAAGAUUCUAAUCGGUGUAACUUCCUACGGUGCUAUUGAAGGCUGUGAGUUGGGCUUCCCAGCUGCAUUCACACGUGUUAGCAGCUAUUUGGAUUGGAUUAAGGAGCACACCGGUGUUGAAUACUAA